AGUAUCUUCAAGGUAGUCGGAAGGUAUCCCCAAAAACAUUCCAAAAUGGAUUCCACGAAAUAUGUUUUCGGCCGCAAUUAUCGCGCCAGUGUCAGAUUAAAUUACCAACACGCUCUCAUCGCGAGCCUGACCGACCAUCAAUCCUUUCAUCCUUCCAUCCGCCAGCAUAUCACCAGCUCCACUUCAUUUCGCGUGGCGGAUCUGGCUAGUGGCACCGCACUUUGGUCAUCCGAAGUAGCUCGUGAAUAUCCACAAUUCCAAGUCGAUGGCUUCGAUAUCUCCUCCGACCAAUACCCGUCCCCCUCCUGGAGACCCGAGAACCUAAUUCUUCACGAACGGGACAUAUUACAACCUUUCCCGGAAGAAUAUCAUGGAGCGUACGAUAUAGUCAAUGUGCGGUUCUUCAUCACUCUUCUCAAUGAGAAAAACCUAUCCCUUUUUCUGACCAACAUUAACGCCAUAUUGAAACCAGGAGGAUUUCUGCAAUGGCUCGACUUAGACCCUCGUAGCGCAAACGCCGUCGCAUAUCUGGAGGGACAAAAAAGCAACAUCACCACAACAGACCACCCAUACCCACAAACCAGGGCAGUUGCGAAUCUGAUGCGCAAGACCCCUCCAGACGUCGAAAGCUGGCUCACCGACAAUCCUCACGAGAUCCUCCAGCCAUUCAAAUUUGAGCAAGUUGCCUGCGACAGACUCUCCCUGCCGGACAUCUACCGCCCACUCUGGAAUCAGUGUCUUCUACUUGGCUUGGAAGAGUACUGCAGCAAAGUUGAGGAGGAAGCUGGCAUGGAUGCUAGUGCGUCUCAUGCAAUGCGUGAUACACUUAACGGACUAAGCCGGGAAUUCGGCGCUGGAACUAGUAUUGAUGUCCACUGGUUCUAUCAGAUCUCUAGGAAAAUUGAAUCUUGAGCUGUGUAUUUUCAUCUCCUUUUACCUCCUUGGGGAUUAAUGCCAUGCCAGAUCUAUAUCAUAUAUACUUGCCAGAAGAGUAAAAAAGAUAAAGAGAAUAAGUAACGAG